AUUUGAUUAGAUUGAUUAGAUGCCUUCCAAGGCGGUGUGCUCAAUCCAUGCGCACAGCCGAUUGAGCUUAGAAUCUUAGUCGGAGAAAUCACCCAGUUUACGCCGACCCGCAGUCUGAGCAGAAAGUCUUGAAUGUCGCAGCAGUUCAACGGAGCUUUAAAAGAGGUAUAGAAAGGACUCCAAAAGACAGGACUUGCGAAAUUCAUUUGUUCACCAAUCCGAGGAGUUAUUUGGAGAGCGCAAGUCGACUCAUUGCUAGUGUCCAUCUCUUUGCGCAGUCUUCUGCGCGAAACAAUUCCGGCUUCUACGCACAAUGGCCGAUGCGGAUGAAGAUGUCGUCGUCUUUUCUGGACAAGGGCCUCCGGGGGAAAUAGACCUGUCUGACGAAACUCAGGAUUUUCGGUUCUUGCAAAACUUCUCACAAGAUCCAGACCAAGGAAAGAUCCCUAAACGUGGCGUAAAGGACUUUGAGCCCCAUGGCACUUCCUACCAAGAGUCCGUCCUCGCCGCCAGCCGGCAGGCUAUGCACAAUGCUCUCAACUGCACACGAACACACGCCCCGAAAUCACAUAUCAUCGGAUACUAUCACCCAGAAACCAACCUCACUCGAGUUUCUGUCCCCAAGGGACCUCAUUUCAAGAACAUGGGCAAGGCCGACCGCUCGGGCCAUAUCUGGCUGCUCCCCGAAGAGGCAUUAUACCUGAUAGAGCGGGGAAAUCUGGACAUGAGGUGGCCAAAGACGGAGCAUGAUGAAGGUGUCCCUGGAGCCGAAGAUGGGCUGCCGAUGAGUCUGCAGGGGGCUUAUGCCGCGAUAUUCGGAUUCGAAGAGGAACUAGGCGGCGCUUUGACACUAGAGAGAUACUUGGUCUAUGCUGGUCUCAAAAGGUGCGGGUUUGCCGUUAUCCGGGCAGACAGCUGGGAUUGUCCCGGUGAAGGCGAAUUCGGUGGCGGCGUGUAUGAUCCUCCGACUGACGCAUGGAGCUCGGGGUUACUUGGGAUGUUUACACGCCUGUUCAGCGGACUCUGGUGGGGUAAAAACAGUGCGCAUGCUCACUGGACGCCUUCAACAUCCGCUCGAAAAUUAGGGCCGCUUGUCAAGCCUGGUCUGUAUAGAAGUUACAAUGACAUAUACCGCCUUCUUUCUGUAAUUCCCGCUCACGAUCCGACUAUUGCUCCGCCGCGUCCGAAGCCAGUGGCCAAAUCAGACUCUUCGUCCAUUACCGAUGGCGAAGCAUCAAGGACAGGAACGACAGAUCCGCCCUUUCGAGUCGCAUACCACAUUUACAAACCCACACCAAGCUUCAAAAAGUCUGCGCCUGGUCCGCCGGAUUUCCGCAUCGCAGUUGUGAACGCGCGCGAGACAACCCUUCCUACACUUCCUCAGAUUGCUGCAUUGGUGGAGAGCACACCGUACUGUCCUCCGCCGGCAUCGAUGCAUCAGUCAAAUCAGAAGCUGCGCUACGGAUAUCGCAAUGUCGUGCUUGCUAUCGUGGAUAAUGGUGUGGUGAGCUAUAUGCGGAUCGGAGAUGCCGGGUUUGCGCAAGAGAGGCUGUUCGAGAGGUUCGAUGCGGUCAAGGCGGGCGGUGGAGGGAGGGGUAAUAAACGAGGUGGCGGAAGAGGUGGUGGGAGAGGUGGACGAGGUCGGGGAAGAGGGAGAGGAAGGUAGCACGUAUAUCUAUCACGAUAUGGUGUUGGAGUUCUUUAAAAAUAUCGGAAGAUCGAUGAGAGAUGGAUGCAUAUAUUUUUCCAGCAUAUAUCACGGGCGCAAGGCGGAGUUAUGGUUCAUUGACUAAAAAGACCCGGUUUCCAAUGGAUUUUUAGAUCUUCAUGGACAAAAUAUUAAGGAGAAUUCGAUUAAUGGUCUACAUGUUUCCUCUGGAAUAAAGUCGCGACACUAUAAGCAAGCAGGGCCGGACUGAAUAAGAAGGAAUGAUGAGUAGACUUUGCUUUGCCAUCUUCUUUAGACGUUCAACCCAUGGAAGAGAGGGGGAUGAACGCAUAUGCUCAGAUGG